GAAACCGUUUCAUCAUUACUGGGGCAAUGUGGAGUAUCAAUUUUACACAUAGAGCUGAAGAAGAUUCAACAGGAGUGUCGAAGUUUUCAUAAGAGGAGGGCAGAACACAAAACGCGGCAGAUGUUUGGGAAGUUUGAUAAUGAAGUGUGCGGAGCAGUCUCGGAAAAGGGGCUCGUGAAUACCUGAAGUGGAGGAUAGUUUGUAUUUCUCCUUGUACGAGCGAUUCGGACGCGUGAACGGAUUCAAGGAAUAUCAGUCUAGCACGAGUCGAAUUUUCACGAGACGAGCAAAGUCCAGCACUCAGUGAUGGCGGUGAGGGGAGUCACUCCGUGUGUUCGGGAGGCGUGCUGCAGGUUCAUUGCUCUAGUUCUUCUGUUUAAACUGUGUUCUGCCCAGCAUCAAGAAAAGGGCAUCUCCAUCCCGGAACAUGGGUUCUGCCAACCCAUAUCCAUUCCUCUGUGCACGGACAUCCAGUAUAACCAAACUAUCAUGCCAAAUCUCCUGGGACACACCAACCAGGAGGACGCAGGACUGGAGGUGCACCAGUUUUACCCGCUGGUCAAAGUUCAAUGCUCUCAAGAUCUGAAGUUCUUCCUCUGUUCCAUGUAUGCGCCAGUGUGUACGGUUCUAGAACAGGCUAUUCCACCCUGCCGCUCAUUGUGCGAGCGUGCCAGACAAGGGUGCGAGGCUCUCAUGAAUAAGUUCGGUUUCCAGUGGCCCGAACGACUCCGCUGUGAGAACUUCCCUGUGCACGGAGCUGGAGAGAUCUGCGUUGGACAGAACAAAUCCGACUCCGGCAGCCCGCCGACAGACCCCACGCCAUACAUACCGGGCCCGUUGACACCACAUGUGAACACGGAACGCCUGAGUCAGGCUUUCACUUGCCCUUUACAACUGAAUGUCCCUUCCUACCUCAAUUACCAGUUUUUGGGGGCAAAAAACUGUGGCGCCCCCUGUGAGCACAAGCAGCCACACGGGCUGAUGUACUUCAAGGAGGAAGAGGUCCGAUUCGGGCGGCUCUGGGUGGGAAUCUGGUCCAUCCUGUGCUGCGUGAGUACCCUAUUCACGGUUCUCACGUACCUUGUGGAUAUGCGCCGGUUCCGCUAUCCGGAACGCCCCAUCAUCUUCCUCUCUGGGUGUUACUUCAUGGUGGCGUUGGCUUACGCAACCGGGUUUCUGCUGGAGAAUAAGGUGGUCUGCAUUGAUAAGUUCAGGGAUGAUGCUUACAAGACCGUGGCUCAGGGGACUAAAAAGGAGGGCUGCACCAUUCUCUUCAUGAUCUUGUAUUUCUUUGGCAUGGCCAGCUCCAUAUGGUGGGUGAUCUUGUCGCUCACCUGGUUCCUAUCCGCCGGAAUGAAAUGGGGCCAUGAAGCUAUCGAAGCCAACUCCCAGUACUUUCACCUGGCUGCUUGGGCCGUCCCCGCCGUGAAGACCAUCACCAUCCUCGCCCUGGGACAAGUGGAUGGCGACCUUCUGACCGGCGUAUGCUAUGUUGGCAUCUACAACGUUGACGCGCUUCGUGGAUUUGUCCUCGCCCCUCUCUUCGUUUAUCUCUUUAUCGGAACAUCUUUCCUGCUGGCUGGAUUCGUCUCCUUGUUCCGCAUCCGUACCAUCAUGAAGCACGAUGGCACCAAGACCGAAAAACUGGAAAAGCUGAUGGUGCGAAUUGGCGUUUUCAGCGUCCUGUACACCGUUCCGGCCACCAUAGUCAUUGCAUGUUACUUCUAUGAGCAGGCAUUUCGCGAGCAGUGGGAAAAAACCUGGCACAUGCAGACGUGCAAGCGCUUUGCCGUGCCGUGCCCAGUCAACAACUUUGCACCCAUGACGCCUGAUUUCACUGUGUUUAUGAUCAAGUACCUCAUGACUAUGAUUGUAGGAAUCACAUCAGGAUUCUGGAUCUGGUCUGGAAAGACUCUACAGUCAUGGCGCAAGUUUUACAAACGCCUGGGCAACAACCAAGGGGAGACGACAGUGUAAACUGAACUUUCUGUGCACCGCAUGUGAGAAAAAUACAGGUCAAUAUCAAAAAGAAACUGCAAAUAUGUCAUGUUCUACAUUGAACCAUGCUGAUGGUGAAAGACACUGCAUUGUGAGCCCAGCAUGAUACUUUUCUCAUUUAAAGUGCCCAGACAUUGCCAUCACUUUUGAAAGAAUGAACAUUUUAUUUGAAAAAUUUUCAAAUAAAAAGCACAACUCCAAAGAACAUGCAUUUCUCGAAUGGAUUACAUUUUAGAAAGUACGCUACUAAUGAUUUAAUGUAAAUGAUGGCGCAUAACUGAUGGAUGUGGGGACUUGAAUGCUGACUUUUGUUAUCAGGAGUUGACGCCACGAUUUCUUCAGCCCAUGGCGGCCAAAAAUGUCUGCAAUUUUGUCUUGUAGUAUUAAACAAUUCCUAUUGUUGAAUGUCUCUUGUUUUUUUCUACCACAUUUUUGGUCGUUUUCCUCAUUGAUUACAUAUUUUAGUAUCUGUGUGCACAUGGCCAUUUGUUUAGAUUUAGACUUAGUUAAAUGGAAUAUUCUUUGGUCAUGAGUUGCUUAUUCAUCAAUGUUGCCAUAUCAAGUCAGGUCUCAUGAAGUAAUUUAAUAUUCAGGCAUUUUAAAGGUGUGAAAGUGAUGGACAGAUUUAAACAUGUUAAGCAGAGAAGUAUGUACAGGAGGAAAUGUUACCAGAUUUAAUUUCUUUGUAAAUAUCACCUUACUCUUAAAAAGAUGUAUGUUGUAUUUAAACAGAUGAAUUUUGUUUAAGGCCUUUUUCCAACAGUUUCAUUUAAUAAAGUGAUUAGAUUUUUAAAA